AUGAAGAGGGAAGGGCGGCAGCACGGCACCGUCCGGAUCAGCCGCAGCAAGGUGCUGAAGACCGCCGCCGCCACCGCCGAGGCGGUGGCGGUGGCGGCGACGGAGAAGGCGGCGGGGAAGCCGACGAACGCGUCGAGCAGCAUGGGCAAGUGCCGGCGGCCCCGGUGCGCGGGGUGCCACGCGCACCCCGUCACCAAGGCGCGGGACAAGGCCAAGGGCGCGCACAAGCUCCGCGCCUGCGACGUCGCGCUCAACCACCGCCUCGUGUCCUGGCGCGUCGUCGACCAGGGCCAAGGCGUCCCCGAGUACAGGGGCAAGUCCGCCUCCUCCCUGCUGGCGUACCUGGCCGGCGGAAGCGGCAACAGCUGGCACGAGGAGGAGGAGGACGGCGCCGGCGAAGGCGGCGGGAUCGGAGCAAACGACGCCGGGCUCUCUGACCUCUACGACCUCUUCGUCGGCCGCCGCGCCGACACCGACGCUGGUGGCCAAGAAGUUGAUCCUGAUCCGGCGGCGCGUGAUACUGACGUAGAUGAUGUAGGAGAGAUUCAAGCAAUUGGAGAGCAGGGACUGCUGCUGGAUGACAAGGAAGAUGGGGAUGACGAGGAGGAGGAAGACGACGACGACGACAUGGGGUUCUGCAUGGUCGGCGUCACCAUCGCGGUGGAGUUCUCCGACGGCGAGGAGGACUGGAUCGUGGUGGAGGAGAUCUGA